UUGGCAACACUGACACAAGUCACAGUAAAUAUCCUGCCUGUCAGAAGAGAAAUAAAAUAAGGAUUUUCAUUGCAAAAAUUGCGUUUGUACUAUUGUAUAUACGAGGAUUUUGUCUUUUACUCUGCACUGUGGUCAUUGUUAUCGUGUAUAAAUAAUAAAUAAAUACUAUGUGACUUCCUGUAAACAGCAAACAUCUAUUUUUUUAGUCUGUUAACGAAAUGUCGUCUUAUUGCCUCCAGAACAGAGAAUCCGAUUUUUUGUAAAUAUUUUUUAUGCUUUGAUUUCAAAGCUUACACAAUUUUAGAGGGGGCAAAAUGACAUUGAUAGAAGGAGUUGGUGAUGAGGUGGUACAGUUCGUUGGAGUACUAUUGGUGUCGAUUGUGGCGGCGUUGGCCUGGUGGUCGACCAAUGCUAGGCCUGACCGCUACCACACCGUUCUUGUUAUGAGGUCCCGGGCACAUCAUCCUGUUACUGUCAGCAUUAGAACCAGAUCAAAUAUGCCUAUAACAAAUGCACCAGGAACUAUUAUAGAGCAAGCUUCUACCUCAAAUGCCAAUGGCACAUCAAGUAUCCCUACGGAAACCAAUGAAGAUAAUCCAGGAGAGAGCUCCAGGGUGAUUCCCCUCCAGGAAAUGGACAGUAUAGUGGAUGCUGAUAUGGCUAUGCUGGACAAUAAUCGACUGCACUUUUACAGGAGGAUUGAUUCUGGUCCUCACAAUAGCGGGCCAGAGUCUACGAGCGACGAGAGUGAAUCACAAGACGACGUGGAGCCAGCGAGCAAUGCCCAGAUUCGAGAGAUGGACAGUAUCGUCAGCGCCAUGGAGGCUGACGUCACUGCCGGCUGCGACUUCUUCUCAACGCCUAGUGAAUCUUCAUCUUCAACUGUGAAAGGCAACAAGACUGUCACCAACGACGGCAGUGUUCCCUCUGUGUCCAGUGCGAAUACACCCUCAGAGGAAAACACCCCUCAGACUGCUGAAGCUUCGGGAGAUGCCACUGACGGGAACAGCAGGAAGAUACUGAUCAAGCUGAAGUAUUUGAAUGAUACACUGAAGGAGGUUGAAGGAAGUCUCGAUGAGCUGCUCAAAGAUUUCAAAUGGCGUCACUUCUCAUCGGAGUUGUCUUCGGAAUGCCGCGUGCGGCUGAUCUUCAACGGGCGCGUGCUGGGCGACGACGCGGCCACGCUGCGCGCGCUGGGGCUCCACCACCGCGCCGUGGUGCACUGCCUCGUGCAUCCGCGAUCCCAUCCGCCGCAGAACCGCAACUCCCCCCGGCACUCGAGCCCGUCGCUGGUGCUGGAGGGCGCCCCCGAGCGCCCGUGGGACCUCGAGAACAUCUUCAUGACGCUCGUGUCCGUGGCGCUCACCGUCGUCUGGUUCUUCAGGUGCGAAUACAGCAACAUGUUCACUGCGAGCGCGAGCGUAGCGCUGUUCGGCCUGACAGUGUUCUACAGCGUCGCCAUCUUCGGCCUCUAUCUCUCCGACACAUUCCACAACGAGCGCCGUCCCCAGCCCCUGCCCAACAACUAGCUGUUGGUCACGUCCGACGGCGUGUACAGAGUCCGUCGUUGAUAUAUAGUGAACGCAUUUCAUAAAAAGUUAACACUAAGCGUAUGUUAUCUAUUUGAAAGAGUGAUAGGAACAAAUAUGUUUAAUUCCUCGUUUUAAUAUCAUACUUUUUAUGAAUUAGAUGGCAAUUUAAUGUUACACUAACGUCAUGUUGUCACUGUUUAUCUGAAGAGCCGAACAAUCGCAUACCCUUUUGCACUCUUUUCGACCGAAAGGGAUAGUAUAAUUCGCACGACAGUGCUGCCUUGGGGUAAAAGCAUACAAAAUGUGACAAUACAGUGACAUUAAAUUUUAAAACUCUUUUCUGCAACUUAAGUGAUAAAUCUAUAGAAAGCGACGACAAGGACAGAUUGUUUGGCAAAACAGAUGAGAAAAUACUAGGUCAAGCUAAAGAAAACAUAUAGAUCUGCUUAGAGACCAUUUCAGCUUGACAGUGCGUAAUUCAAAAUGCGGCCCCUAAGUAAUUCUAUUCCCCUAUCUGUGGUCCACUAACAAUUUCGAAAUCACAGGUUGAGGAAAAUACAUUAACUUGAGCCAAAAGAAUUGAGAUUUUUGUACUUUUAGCAAAUUGUUAUUAUGCUUAUGGUAAUAUUCAUUUCUCGUGAAUUCUAAACGAGGUUUAUGUUUUAUUCUGGUUACCACAUUAGACACCAGUUUUACAUAAAAUGUUAGCAGUCCUAUUAUGUUAUGCCAAAUACAAAAUAUUGUAGAAAAAGGAAGCAUUUUCGUAUAAUAUGACUUGUAAUAUGAUUAAUAAUAAUCCCAAUUCUAGUUCAUGAAUUUUGUGAUCGUAUUUACAGAUUUUGUUUAUUUAUUUUUUAUUACAUGUUGGUAACUUUCGGAAGGCGGAAUUACUUACUAACUGCAUUAAAAAUCAAGUAAGUUAUACAAAUCUAUGUUUCUUCUAACAUAAAGAUACAAUUUGUAUAAUAUAUUAUAUAUUUAAUACUUUUCCUUAGCGUUGAGCGCUGUGAAUUAUU